GUUCGAAUAGCUCUCGCACUUAUAGUUAAACCUAAUAUCGAGUACAUGAACAAGAACACUUAAUGAAUCGGCUACACUACAUUAUAUUAUUUAUUGAACUCUACAUUUUAUAAUAAAAAAAGUGCUGAAUGCAAAACCAAUUACGAAUACCGCUAUAUCUUGGAUAUGGUCAUAAAAAAGUAUUUACAAGACAUCAGCUAAAUAUUAUUUCUAUUCGAUGGAAAACAGUGUGUCCAGAAAUAUCACAUGAUAAUGAAACUACUGUAUCAACAUCUAGUCCUCGGUGGAAUAUUUUACAUUCAGAACCUGUGUAUAAUCCAACAUUAGUGGAAAAUCCUAAUCUAUGUAAAUCUUUAUGGGAUCGUUUACAACUGUUUAAUCCAGACAAGACAUUGGCGUUAAAUCAUAAUGAGUCUAUUGUUAGCAUGAUUUUACCACCUCCGAAUAUCACAGGUACACUUCAUGUUGGACAUGCGCUUACAUGUACCAUUCAAGAUGCAAUCGCUCGUUGUUACAGAAUGCACGGAAAAACAGUUCUAUGGGUUCCUGGUAUGGAUCAUGCUGGAAUUGCGACGCAGUCAGUAGUUGAAAGAGAUUUACUAAAACAAUAUUCAUUAAAUUCUAGUCAAUUUCCUAUUAAUCAAUCUAAGUCAUCAGCAUCGAGCUGUCAAGUUCCUUCAAAUCCAAGAUUAUUACUGGGACGGGAAAAUUUUAUUCAACGUAUUUGGGAUUGGAAAAAUCAACACGCCGAUUUGAUCCGUGAACAAUUGAAUAGUCUUGGAUUAUGCUUGGAUUGGAGUAGAGAGUUUUUCACAUUAAGUCCUAGCCAUUCGGAGUGUGUCACUGAAGCAUUUUUAAGAUUGUACAAUGCAGGAUUGAUUUAUCAGUCUGAAAGUUUUAUAUCUUGGUGUUGUUAUCUCCAAACAGCCAUCUCCGAUAUCGAAGUUGAAUUUCGUGAUAUUUCAGAGUCGAAAUUUCUCAAUGUACCAGGUUAUGAAAAGCCAAUUGAAUUCGGUAUAAUGGAUUAUUUCGCCUAUCGUGUGAUAGACCCACCAAAAUCAUCAUUAUCAGAAUGUAAUCACUUUGAUUCAAGAUGGGACGAAAUAGUUAUCGCGACUACCCGUUUAGAAACAAUGCUUGCUAGUGUAGCUCUAGUUGUCCAUCCAGAUGAUAAACGUUAUCAACAUUUAAUUGGGUGUUACGUAGAACAUCCAUUUUAUCCAAAUGAACGUCUUCCGAUAAUUGCCGAUGCACAAUUUGUUCAGCCUGAAAUAGGCACAGGUGUUGUAAAACUCAGCCCAGGUCAUAGUCAAGUUGAUUGGGAAGUAGCAAAACGGCAUCAACUCCCUAUUAAACAUGUAUUUGAUAAUUCUGGUUGUAUAACAAAUACGGGAAGUGAAUUCGAUGGAUUACCCAGAUUUAUAGCACGUCAACGUUUAGUUGAGCAACUUACUAAUCUUGGUCUAUAUAAACGUCGACAAAAUAUUGGAGCCAAUGGAGGUCGAACUGCAUUAUUGCCAAUUUGUUCUCGUUCUGGUGAUAUUAUUGAACCGAUGAUUAAAAAACAAUGGUUUGUACGUACAAAAAAUUUAGCUGAGGCUGCAGUGAAAGCUGUCCAUUCUAAUCAGUUGGAAUUAUUUCCAGCAAAUCAAAAAUUAAUUUGGUCGGAAUGGUUAAAACCAACAAAUCAUAAAGAUUGGUGUAUAAGUCGUCAGCUUUAUUGGGGUCAUCCUAUUCCAGCUUAUAAAGUUAUUACGUCCAACUCAAAAUCAAAUGAUGAUUGUGAUAGUACGGAUCGAUGGAUUGUAGCUCGUUCAAUUAACGAAGCUGUAAAUAUUUUGACUGAUUCUGGACUUCAGUCGAAUGAUUAUCAGCUUAUACCAGAUCAAGAUGUUUUAGAUACUUGGUUCAGUUCUGCACUGUUACCAUUUUCAGUAUUUGGUUGGCCAAAUGAUACUAAAGAACUACGUUUCUAUCCUCUGCGUUUAAUAGAAAGUGGACAGGAUAUAUUAUUUUUUUGGAUUGCUCGUAUGGUUAUGCUUGGUGUAUUUCUAACAGGACAAGUCCCAUUUAAAACUGUCAUUUUACACGGUUUGGUGUGUGAUUCAACUGGUCAAAAAAUGUCUAAAAGUAAAAACAAUUCAGUGAAUCCAUUGAAAAUGAUAAAUGGGAUUGGAAACCUUCCAAAGGAAACUGUUGGAUCAUCGAUCCAAGUAUUAGGUGCAGAUGCUUUAAGAGCUGCAUUAUUAACUCAUCAAUUAUCUCAGUCACAUAUUAAUUUUGAUGAGAAUGUUGUAUUGGAAAUGAGAAAAUUUUGUAAUAAGAUGUGGCAAACAGCUCGUUUUGUUUCGAUUCAACUUAAGAAGCAAAAUGUAUUUCAAUCAGUUUCAAGCAUACAUCACAAAUCACUUGGUACCCAGUGGAUAGAUUUUGUGGGAGGAUUAUGUAAAGAAAAGCAAUUAAGGUUGUUUGAUAUAUGGAUUAUACAUAAAUUAUGUCGAUUAAUUCAUUUGAUCAACUUAUCAUGGACAGAUCCUAAAGACAUUGAUCAUGGUGAAAAUAAGAUUCAGACUGGCAAUCACAGGCUUAGAGUCGAUUUUGAUAAUGAAAAUUUAAAAUGGUCAUUUCAUCAUGGUGUCAAAGGGAUGCAAAAUUGGUGGCUGAAUGAUCUAUGUUCCAUUUACCUAGAAGUAAUUAAAAAUGAAGUUUCUUCACCGUACAACACCAAUUCUUUGCAUAUCUUAUAUCUUUGUCUAAUGACCGGCAUUCAUAUAUUUCAUCCAAUUAUGCCACAUUUAACUGAAGUUCUCUGGCAUGGUUUAAAUAUUAAUAUUGAACAGAAAGACGAGUUGUAUAAUCCAGAAAACAGCUUAUUGAUGCAACAAUUUCCUAAUUGUAAAUGGUUUGAAUUCUUGUAUCAGAAUAACUAUGAUAUUUCAUUGGAUCGUGUACAAGAAAUCAUGUCUGAGCUAACUACAGUAGCUUCGAAUGUCAAUUCUUGGCGUACUUUACUCCGAUCUAUUCAUCAUGAUAAAUCAGGAAAUCCCACGAAAUUAAAGAAAAUUGAAUCUGAUGGUAUUUACUUGAUAAAAAACUCUAGUGAUUCAAAUGUUUCAGAAGAUGAAUCUGCUGUUUUGAAAGCGCUUACAUCUAUUAACUUGAAGUCAGAUGUGCUAAGAAGUAAUAGUUAUGUUUAUAUACCUGUUCAUAAUGAUCAAACUGAUUGGCAUUUAUGUAUAAAUGAGAAUGAAUAUGAUCUUAAUUGGGCUAGAAAUCAAUUACAACUUCGUAUUGAUAAAUUAUGUAAGCGUAAAGAGGAGCUGAUAAAAAUAGAGAAAAUGAAAAAAGGCAAAGAGAAUGCACAUGAAAAAAAUCAAUCUAAGAUUGAAGUAAUAGAAAGAAAAAUGGAAAAACUUGAAUAUCAACUUUCUUGUUUGAUGUAGUAUGAUAUUUUUGUGGUUUAUAAAGAUUAUUGUGUCAAAUUGAGUUAUUGUAAAUCAUUAAUUUUAUGUAUUAUUUGUUACUCAUUUAUGUUUUAUAUAUGGCUUUAAUGAAUUCAAUAAAUUAUUUGCAUAGACAAUUA